UCAUGUCGAAAUGUCAUGCUCCUUGUCAAGAAUUAACAAUAGAAUUGGUUUCUGCUUCUCACGAUCACACAUAUGCACCUUAAUAUUAAUGUAUGUGAGCUACCCGUGUCUUCUUGCCCACAGACUGAAACGGAGUCAUGGGUCCAAAAAAGAAAGGAGUGAGGAAAAGGAAGGCGGAGGAAGAGAGUAAAGAAGCGGAGGGGAAAGAGGAACUUGCAGGAGAGGAACUUGAUGAGAUGGUCGAAAAGAGGAGGGGAAGAAAAAGCAAGAAAAGAGGAAAAAAAUAUAUUGGAGCGCAUGUCUCCAUAUCAGGUGGAAUAUGGAAAGCUGUAGAUGACUGUUUAGCCAUGGGAGGGCGCAGUUUUGCCAUGUUCUUGGGCUCCCAGCGUUCCUGGAAAAGACCGCCUCUCAACAGCACAGCGGCGGAGAAAUUCCGGAAUGCCUGUGCUGAAAACGGAUUUGAUCCAGUCCAUAUAUUGCCGCAUGGCUCCUACCUAAUGAACUGCGGCUCUCCUAAGGAAGAUGUGUUUGAGAAGAGCCAGGCCUUGCUGGUGGAGGAGCUGACGCGCUGCAGCGCCUUGGGCCUCUGCCAUUUUAACCUGCACCCGGGUGCGUCUCUGGGCUCCAUUACCACAGAGGAGUGCCUGGAGAAGAUCGCCCAGGCCAUCAGUCACGCCCACCGGCAAACAUCCUCCGUCGUCACCGUGCUGGAAAACAUGUGCGGGCAGGGCAGCACAGUGGGGGGUCAGUUCAGCGAGCUGCGGGCCAUCAUCGACAGGGUGCAGGAUCAGAGCCGGGUCGGGGUGUGUCUGGACACCUGCCACGCCUUUGCAGCCGGAUAUGACUUGUCUGCAAAAGGCGGGGUGAAAUCAAUGCUGGAUGAGUUUGACCAGGUGGUGGGGCUGCGCUAUCUUCGUGCCAUGCACCUCAACGACUCCAAAGGAAAACUUGGCUGCCACUUGGACCGGCAUGAGGACAUCGGACGUGGCCAAAUUGGGCUUUCGGCGUUUCGGGACAUUGUGAAUGAACCACGACUGGAUAACAUCCCCCUGAUUCUGGAGACACCAGGACGCCCAGGCUUUGAGUACCCUGAGCAGAUAGAGCUGCUGUACUCCCUGUGUAAGGACUAAAGGACAGGGGCUGCCACGCUACCCUCGCAGACCCUUCUGUAAACCACUGUCCAGGACCACACAGCUGAAGCC